AGUUCGAUCUGAAAUAAUUAAAAAGAUCGAGAUCAAAAAAUAAAAGGAUCUAAUUUAAUAUAAAAAAAAAAUGAAAUUCACAACUCUUGUUUGUUUAACGGCUUUGGGAGUUUCGGCUCUUAAUGUUAAUGCUGCUCCCACUCCUAUUUCUGAUGUUGAAUUGAAUAAUAAACGUGACGCACCUUCUACAUAUUAUUAUGAUGAUGAUAAGAAGGAUAAGUACGAUGACGAAUACGGAUACGAUGACAAAAAGAAGGAUGACAAAAAAGAAAAUAUUACAGACGUAGUGCAGUAGCUGAUGAAAAAGAUUACAAGGAUGAGAAGGACAGCUACGAUUCCUACCCCGACAGCUACGAUGGAAAGGAUAAGUACGACGACGAAUACGGAUACGAUGACAAAAAAGAUGACAAAAAGGACAAAUAUUAAAAUUUUUUGAUAGUAAUCUAAUAAGAGAACCUCACAUAGAGAGAAAAAUAAAUAGUUAUUCUCAUUAAUAAUAUUAAUAGUUUUGAUCUUUAACCAUUAUAGAACUAUCAAUUUUCUUUUCUUCUUAAAAUGUAUCUAUAUUUACCAUUUUUUUAUUUUGUAUUAUAAUCAUGUCCAAAGCGCUAUAAUUUGUAAUUAAAUAAAUAAAUUAUUGUACUUAUUAAUUGACU